CCGAAUUCUCCUGCCGGUUCCUCCUCCGGGUGCCAGUCUCGGGUGAUGGCAGCGCUGGGAGCCUUAGUGAAGAAAGUGUGGAGUAUCCGCAGCUUCUUGGUGCUGCUCUGUUCCCCGCUGGUCCUGCUGCCUAUCCUCUUCAGCCUGCCCCUCAAGGAAGGAAAAUGUCUCUAUGUAAUUCUACUCAUGGCUCUUUAUUGGUGCACUGAAGCGUUGCCAUUGUCCGUGACGGCUCUUCUUCCCAUAAUUCUCUUUCCUUUCCUGGGGAUCCUCCCUGCCAACAAAGUUUGCCCCCAGUAUUUUUUAGACACCAAUUUCCUCUUCCUGAGUGGCUUGAUCAUGGCAGCUGCCAUUGAAGAGUGGAAUCUGCAUCGCAGGAUUGCUCUGAGGAUCCUCAUGUUCGUGGGAGUUCAGCCAGCCAGGCUCAUUUUAGGAAUGAUGUUGACAACUUCCUUCCUGUCUAUGUGGCUGAGUAACACAGCCUCAACAGCCAUGAUGCUACCAAUCGCAACAGCAAUUCUGAAGAGUCUCUUUGGAGACAGAGAAACCUCUAGCAGGGAGCACGAGGAAAACCAAGUUCCCAUGCAGCAUAAUAAACUUCACACGGUGUCGACUGAGAUGCAGCUUCUCACCAAUGUUGAUGAAAAUGACUUGACGGAGAAGAAGGAUGUGACCAUUGACGUUUCCUCAGACUUAAGGAAGGAAGAAGAAUACAAGACUAACAUUUGGAAAGGUUUCCUCAUUUCCAUCCCUUACUCUGCCAGUAUUGGUGGGACAGCAACACUGACUGGAACAGCACCAAAUCUCCUUCUUUUGGGGCAGCUAAAGAGCUUUUUUCCAGAGUGCGAUGUUGUAAACUUUGGCUCUUGGUUUGUGUUUGCGUUUCCCUUAAUGGUGCUUUUUCUGUUUUUUGGAUGGCUUUGGAUCUCCUUCCUAUAUGGAUGUAUCACCUUAAGGAGAACAAAGAAAUCAGAAAUCAGAGCUGAUGCCGAAGCCAAAGCCAAAUCAGUAAUAAAAGAUGAAUAUCAGAAACUGGGUCCAAUAAAGUUUGCAGAACAGGCAGUUUUUGUUCUCUUCUGCAUAUUUGCCAUCCUGUUAUUCUCCAGAGACCCGAAAUUUAUCACAGGUUGGGCAAGCUUGUUCACACCAGGUUUUGUCACAGAUGCAGUUACUGGAGUCACAAUAGUGACAAUAUUGUUCUUCUUCCCUUCAAAAAGGCCAUCCCUUAAAUGGUGGUUUGACUUGAAAGCACCAAACACUGAAAACAGACCCCUGCUAUCAUGGAGAAAAGCUGAAGAGAGUGUACCUUGGAAUAUAAUUUUGUUGCUUGGAGGAGGUUUUGCUAUGGCCAAAGGAUGUGAGGAGUCAGGCUUGUCCAUCUGGAUUGGAGGCCGCCUGGACCCCUUGGAGAAUCUCCCUCCUCCCGUAGCUGUUAUUCUCAUCACUGUAGUAAUUGCCUUAUUCACAGAAUUUGCUAGUAACACAGCCACAAUCAUAAUCUUCCUUCCUGUCCUUGCAGAACUGGCCGUUCAUCUGAAAGUGCAUCCCCUCUACUUAAUGAUUCCAGGAACGAUAGGAUGCUCAUUUGCCUUCAUGCUUCCCGUCUCCACACCCCCAAAUUCAAUUGCCUUUGCUUCUGGGCACUUAAUGGUCAAAGAUAUGGCAAAGACUGGUCUGCUUAUGAAUCUGAUGGGGGUUUUACUUCUCAGCCUGGCUAUCAACACUUGGGCCAAUAGCAUCUUCCAGCUAAGCACGUUUCCCGCCUGGGCCAAUGUACAUUUGAAAAAUACCACUACCUCCCUCCUGGAAGAUGUUCAAAACGUCACUUUGAACUCGCUGAGUAAAUCAUGAACAAAACAACCUUGAGAGGGAGCUACCGCCUUCAGAUUUGGGCACUGAAAUUAGUCAGCAUCGAGCACAAGAUCACUUUCGUCUCAUUCGUCUGUGGCGAUGGCUACCCAGCUGCAUCUGCCGCUGUGUAGAAUAAAGAAGUCUGGAGAGCAGACUUUGUAAAUCAGAUGAACUGGCUUUGCUCCAGCUGAUGACUGAGAGCUCAGGGUUUUAAAGUUCCUUCUGAGAUAAGGUAGCAAAUUUGGGGGGGGGGGGGGACUACACGCAGCAAAUGGAAAUGUAAUAAUUAGGAAAGUGAGGCAUAUUUUCCCUCCCUUGUAUUCUUUCAGGUUCUGACAGGCCCCUUACAAAUGAGAGAACAGCUUCACAAAGUGGAACAAAACAGUCAUUAUAUUAUGAAUGAUGGGCAACAACUUGGAAGUGCAGCUGUCAGACAGCUCAUUUGGUUGAAAAAUUAUAGGAGCCCCUAAACCAUACAUGGAUGUUGGGAACAGACCAGAGUUUAAAUGAACAAGAAUCGUAGUGGCACCUUAUUUUUUUUUUAAUUCCCAAAUUAGCCUUCAUGAAAUUGAACCCUUUGGAAUUAUAAACCAGAGUUUGUUCAUGAUGAGAAUGAGCUUGGUUUUGUG